CAGUAAUGACAUCAUGGAAUGAAUGAGAGAUUUAGUCCUUAUCUGUAUUAAUGUUGUCUAGCGUGACUGUAUUAGUAUUAUUUGUUAUUAAUAUAGUGGUAAUGUACAUGUCGAUGCGAAGACAUUAGCAGGUGAGGUUUGUUGAUAAUCCUGUUGUACAGCCGGCUUGUUGUUUUCACACAUUUGUCCACUUUUAUUUUCUGAACGCAAAACCUCUGAGAAGAGCUCAGAUGGAAGUCAGCACGGCUCCGGUGUUCACCUUCGGCUUGAUCGCUGAUAUUCAGUACGCCGAUUUAAAGGACGGUUAUAAUUUCCACGGUACCCGGAAGCGUUAUUACAGGAACAGCCUGCACCUGCUGAGGAAUGCCAUCAGGCACUGGAAUGAAGAAGAGGUGAAGCCCAGCUUCAUCCUGCAGCUCGGAGACAUCAUCGACGGCUUCAACAGGCAGCACGGCGCAUCAGAUGAAGCUCUGCAGAAGGUGAUGGAUGAAUUCAGGAGCUGCUCGGCUCAGGUUCAUCAUGUGUGGGGCAACCACGAGUUCUACAACUUCACCAGGAGCGCCCUGUUCUCCUCUGCUCUUAACAGUACGGUCAAAGGAGAAGAGGAGAGAGAUGACCAGAUGGAUGACGUCUACGCUUACCAUUUCAGCCCUGUUCCCAAGUUCAGAUUUGUAGUCCUGGACGCCUAUGAUCUGAGCAUCAUCGGCCGGGAGGAAUCGUCUGAGAAGUACAGUCAGUCAUUUGAGAUCAUCAAGGAGCACAAUCCUAACGAGGAACUUAAUCAACCUCCAGGCUUCUUUCCGUUGGAUGGAAGGUUCGUGAAGUUCAACGGAGGAUUCAGCCAAAAUCAGCUCGACUGGCUGGACAGAGUGUUGACCAGUGCGGAUGAGAAAGGAGAAAAAGUCACAGUUGUGAGUCACCUUCCUGUUCAUCCAUUCUCCACUGGCUCUGUAUGUCUCGCAUGGAACUUUGAUGAGAUCCUUCCUCUUCUACACUCUCACAAGAGCAUGGUGUGUUUCAUGGCUGGACACGACCAUGACGGAGGUUAUUUUGUAGAUUCCACUGGUGUUCAUCACCUCACAGUGGAGGGGGUUAUUGAGACACCUCCAUCCUGCGAUGCUUUUGCCACUGUGUAUGUAUACGAGGACAAGAUGAUCCUCAGAGGUAAAGGGAGGAUAAAGGACAGAGUGCUUAUGUAUCGAUGAGGCAGGGGAUGAUAUAGCAGAAAUAUAUUUCUGCUAUACAAUAUUAUUUAACUGACAUCGAAUUAUCUUUUAACCCUUUGGUGACUGACCCCUUGAAAAUGGUUCCU